AUGCGACCGGUUACCAAUAUUCUCAUCCUCGGAGAGACCGGUAUCGGAAAAUCUACGUUUAUCAACGGACUUGUGAAUUAUUUGCACUACGACACGCUGGAAGACGCUGAAAAUGAUCAACUACACGUUCUGAUCGAAUCUUGGAUCACGCAUUACAAUGAGGAUGUGAGGAAUGAACGGAAAUUCGUUUCGAAAAAUUUUCUUUCUGUAGAAUUUACCGUAAUGAGGAUUUUUUUUUGAUUUUAAUAAAAAAAAAAGGAAAAAUUAACCUUGAUAAAUUUUUAUCGAAUCGAAAAAUCUUGAUAUUUUAAUUAUAAUGAUAACUUUUUUUAAAAAGAAAGACAGUGUUAAAUGAUGCCUUCUAUGUACAAAAUAUUGAUUAGCGGAUCGAAAACAGUGAAAAAAAGCCGUGGCGACUUCUAAAUCUCUUCGUUUUCACGCUAUUUUCUUGGUCGUUCCAGGACCCUUUUUUCAAAAUUUCACCGAUUCUUGUAGACCUUGCAAGCAGAUGCAUUGAAAAAAAUUCCAGAUCGAAUUUCCAGGGCUCAUCUCGGAAAAUUGCCAUCAGACCGACCGGAAUCCCACAAUACGGACAAUCCAACGAACAUACGAUGGUCGGACAAUCUUCCACUCAAGACCCAAUGGACUACAUCUUCGAAUACAACUGCGGCAAAGUCAAACGUGUCGUUCGGUGUGGAAUUCUCCCGAUUUCAAAAAGUAUACUUCGAUUCCAGCAUCAUCGACACGCCUGGCAUCGGCGACACCCGCGGAAUCGAGCAAGACUCGUUGAACUACGAGAAAAUCCUGCAGUUCCUCUGUGGAAUCGACAAAAUCGACGCGAUCAUGAUCCUGAUGAAGCCGAACUGCGCCCGACUCACGCUGAUGUUCCAGUUCUGUGUCGAUGAACUUCUUGUCCAUCUUCACAAGCACGCCGCUAAAAACGUCUUCUUCUGCUUCACCAAUGCUAGGUGCAGAGUUUUGAUGAUGAUAAUCACGAUUUUGCUCAUAAAAAUACAAAAAGGUGCUGUAUUCAGAUGGUAAAAGUUUACGGAAAAAGGAUUUCUAAAGAAAAAAAAAGUUGGAUAAAAGUUCAGUUUCAUUGUUUCUGAUAUAUGAAAAAAUUAAUAAUUAAAUCCAUGUUUUUCGAGUCUCAGUUGGGCUAUCCCGUGGAAAAAACGGGUGCAAAAAGAAAUAGGUUUUCGGAAAUCGUAGAUUAAACUGCAUCAAAACGAUGACUCAGCUGUGGGACGAAAAAUGUCAAAAGUUUCACCGGCUGUGUUUAUACGAGAUGAAUAAUACACUGGGAGAAUUUUUAGUGGCUAUAGUUGUCUAAAUGCUACUAUUAGACCACUCAAAUUUUUAGUGGCCACUUUAGGGGUCAAUGGAUCAACAUAACUGGUCCAAUUGUUUCAAAAUUAUCAGAGUUACUGGAAAGAUACUGGAUGAAAAACUACUGAAGUGGUCACUGAAACCAAAAAUAGUGGCCACUAUAGUGUCCUCUCCAAGUAGUCCGGGGCGAGCCUCACUCAAAAUUGUCCAAGUAGUUUCAAUAUAGGGAGAGGUGGAUGAAAAAGGCCAAUCAAAAAAAAGUGGAUUUGAAAAAAUUGUUCUUGGGAACUGAGAAAAUGAUAUCAGCUUCCAGAAAUUUAUAGACAAUAGAUUUUUUCCCUGAUAAGAUAAGGGCAUAAGAAGUAUGACUGAUUCACGGCUGGCAUGAGCCAUCGAAAAAGCGGUCCUGAUACGAUGAUGCACGAGAUAGUGGCUGGCUCGUGGAGAGCGCAGACAGGACACGCCCCCUUAGCGUUCCAAGCUAACCGUGAACCAGCUAUAAUAGAAUUUAUCACCCUCUCGAUAAACCAUGAAAAAAUUUAAUUUACAGCAGAAUCGCAUCAGUGAAACUAUGCAUAAUUUGAUCAAGUCCUUGAAAAUUUGAUAAUUCUUUUCUUUUAAUUGACAAAUUUCCAUUUAUAAAAACAAAACUAAUUAUCAUUUCAAAACGAUUUAGCCUUUGUUUGAAACGUAAAACAAUCGAGAUCGCAGAUAUGAAAAGUAAUCUAUUUUUCUAUUGCCCUGUUCAACGUGAUGUUUUGAAAUGGGCGUCAGAGAAAGAAAAAGAUAACUGAAUUUUGGAGAGUCAGAGAUAAUUUCGAUUUUUUUUAUAACCGAAAAGCUUCAAAAAUGUCGAAAAUGCUUGCAUUCGAAACCUUUUCUCAGUGAACCGGAUCUUCCCCCGGUCGAUUCCACUGUCCGAGAGUUGACAUUUCAAAGGCUGAUGCUUCUCGAAAAAGCCAAUAACCUUAAAAAUUAGAGUUGGAUUCACUACCUCCGACCCAUUGAUAUCCAAGUAAGGGAUUUUGCACUUCUAAAAAAAAACCAUAUUUCAAGAAAGAGCAGGUAGGAAAAAAAAAACUUCGAUAUGACAGUCCUUGAAAAAAAUUGGCUAGGACUUUUUUUACAGUAAGAAAGUUUGAAAAUAAGUUUUCUAGUUGAUUUUUUUAUAUCAAAAAAAUUCAGGCCGUGAAAAAUGGUUUAUGAAAAAAAUUGUCGAUUAAUAUUCAAUUUGGACUACGGAAUGAAACAUUUUACGGAUUUUUGUCGUAUUUUGGCUACAGUAAUCCUCAAAAAAAGGCGGAGCUUGUCAAAACCUUGACUGAAAAGUGUCAGAGACGUGUGUAGUUGUUGUGAGAAAAGUAUGAGCUCGAAAAACAUGAAUUUUUUUAGCGCCAAUGAUCGAAUAUUUCAGAGAACAAGUGUUUUAAAAAGUUAAAAAAAUUUUUUUAAUCCAGAUUUUUCUGAGAAAAUCAACAAAUAUUUUUUUCAGCGCCUCUCAAUUCACGCCUGGCGAAUCUCUGCCAGCUCUCCGUGAACAUUUGUCGAAGCUCGACCUUGACAAGAUCCAACUCAAUUUGGGAGAAGAAUCGGAAAGAUUUUUCUGUUUCGACAACGAAAGCUUCCGAUACUUGACGGCCAGAAAUCACGGCGCCAAGUUUCCAGUAAACAGAACGUCGAACCUACGCCGAAAGUUGGAGAAAAAGUCGUCCCAACAGGCGAUUCGGCUCUUUGAAAGGAUCGCCGCCACUCAGCCGCACGAUGUCGAGCUCACCUUGAAUCUAAACAAUUCUAGGUACUCACAGAAGUUGAAAGUUUAUGCAUUCAACAAGGAAAACUGAGAAAAAUCAGAGAUUACAAUAACUCAUAUUUAAAGAUGAACUGAAAAUGCCGUAGCCAGUCAUUUCAAGCUGAGGAAAAUGGAUUAGAUAACUUUAAGACUAGAUUGGCCUGGAACCUCAAAAAAUCGAGAAAAAAAAAAAAAAAAGAAAAGAAAAUGUAGAGAAACAGGCAUCAAGGUAAAUGAAUUUUGAAAAAUAAUUAUUUUUAAAUUAUUUUUCAAACUCAUUUUUCAUGUUUUCAGUUCAAUUUUGAGCCAUUAGUGUUCAGGCAGAUCGAAGAAAAACAGGGUUAGGAUGAUUUUUUCUAAUAUUUAAAUACGUUUCUUAGAUUUGACUGAAAAAUAGAAAAAAAUGGAGUAGGAGGGUCAAAAUUUAUGCUCACCAAGGUCAGAAUUUUCAGUUGAACCAUUUUCGCACUGUUCUGGAAUCUAUGGAUAUUUUUAUUCGCCUGCAAAAAAUACAAGACUUUUUUCUUAUUUCUGAUUAUUUUUUGAGCUCAACGUCACACAGUUGGAUUGCUAUAAUUCAAUCAACUAUUCAAAUUUUUAAUAAAAAAACUCUUUUACCGACUCUCAUGCCAUGUAAAAAGUGAUUUCGCGAAGUUCAAAAUAGCCAUCAGAGAAAAAAAAAGUAAUUGAAUUUGAAGAAAGUCAAAGAUAUUUUUUUGAUUUUUCGCGAAAAGUUCUCUGAACACGGCAUAAAGUCACAGAUAGCUAAAAAUGAGAAGAAGUUUUUCAAAGUCGGACUUCAGAGCUGCGAUUUUCCGUGUGACUGAGCCUCUCGCUGAUCUCGCUCAGGCUCAGCUGAUCAAUGAAAGGGUCAUCAACGAGAAGAUCAAGGAGGUCGAAGACUGCGACAACAGCGAAGACGAGGACGAAAGUAGGCAUUUCCUUCGAAAAAAAAAACUGAUCACAGCCGAAAAAUCAGGAAAGAUUUAAGCUUGUGAAAAUAUGCUUCGGAAAUGGCCAAAUCGACCUUUCAUAAGGGCCGUGAGAAGAUUUUCGAGUCCUAAAAUAACCGUCGAAAAAGGAAAGCCGGCCAAGGAAAUCGAUGGUUUGUUCGAAUUUCGAAGGCCUUUCUUCAUAUUUUUUUGGUCGCAAAUAUUAAAAAUCUUUCUAUGAAAAAUUUUGCAAUCGAAAUUUUUGCAAUUUUUUUCAGUUCAAAUAUGGAUUUUUUUGCACCUGUAGUUUUAAUUUUUCUGUUCUGCUUCAUUAGAAAAAUAGGAUUAACCAAUAAAAAAAUGAAUGAAAGUUCAAGCUUUUUCCGAAAAUAUAGAUUUUUUUUUACUGUCGAAAAUCGUUCAGCCUGAAUUUUAACUCAAAGCCCUCGAAAUGAGUUGAUUAAAUGAUGUUUGUGUCGGAAAAUUGAAAGUUUUCAGAAAUUUCUUGUUGAAAAAUGAGAACUUGUUUAGUUUUACCUGCAAAAAAGCAUUUCCCUAUAAACUGAAUCUGCAUGAUCUUCUUCAGUCGAUUGCAUCCAGAGCUACGGAAAGAGAGACAGCAACGCGCCCCGGGGAGUACCGACCCUCACAUUGUCGAAUGAGACAUUUUUCACCCAUUUUCCACAUAUCACGGCACUUUCCCAAACGGAGUGGGGAGACGUCAAAAACAAUUGGCGCGAAAAUUCAAAUCUCAUGUACGCAGCCAAAAGCGAUCGAACAAACAAGUUAUUAACGUUUAAUACUCAGUGUAAUUAUGAGCUAGAAUGGAAUUUUGACGCCGCGCUCGCUUUCCCUCACGCUAUUAGGAUUGCCGUGAUAUCUAUACAUUCUCAACUUUGCGGAUCGGGGCGAUGGCUUCGAAUUGCACUUGCGCAGCUCUAGUCACAUUCAUGAUCAAGCAAAAAAUAAAUUUCGAUUGAUUUUCCGGUUCUCAUCGCUUCAUUGAUUGAUUGCUGGUUUGCAAAUUCAAAUAAAUUUACUAAAGUUAGACCUUAUAAUGAGUUCCAUUUUUCAGUAAAUUUUCCCGAAAACUUUCAGUGGACUUGUCCGUGGAGAGGACGGUUUACAAGAAAAACCCGACACAACUCCCGCAAAUGGUCUGCAUGGCGCCUUGUUGCGUCGACAACGUCAAACUGCGGCCAGAAGAAACGCGGACGACGCCGGUCCCGAAAAGGGCUUGCCACGCCGAUUGUCCUACUCAAGGAAUCAUUGUACGCAAUUUCGCGACAGCUGAUACCUUCUGAUUUUGAUUUCCAAGUAAAAUGACGUCAUUUGAAAACGCUGAUUGGCUUAUCGCGGCAUUAGGGGCGGAGCUUGAUGGAUAUCUGGAUAUUCACAUUCUCAAGACGUUCCGCUUAAUAUUCAUUUUUUGAGGACUUUUUCUUAUCUCCACUGUGUUUCUAACGUAUGAUAGUUGCCGCAAACAUAGAAAAAAGCCUAAAAAUUAGAUUAAUUCACAUUUACAAUCCUUCAUCCCGAAGUGUACAAAGAAUGAAACUUAGCAGGUUAGUAAAAUGAAAAAAAUUAUCUUUUUUUCGAGAUGUUUAAUAUUUUUUUCUUAGUACCCAGAAACACAGCGAAUUCCAAAAGUCAAUAAAGUACGAUCGAAAUCAAGCGAAACAUCUGGAAAUCUACGACCAUUUUUCGAAACAUUUGGAAGGUCUUGCAUGUUUAAUUUCAGCCGGAAACCUUCCCGAACCCUGGAAUCCAGCAGUGCGAAAUCAUAGAUCUGUCUACUCUACAGUGUCGUGUUUGCGGAUGCUCGUGGAGCAUUCACACUCAUCUCAUGUGAGAUAAAAAAAAGAAAGAAGUUGUUUUUGGAUUCAUGUCUGAUCCAAUAAAUGAUCGAAAAAGGGUUCCUUUGACGAAGAAAAGCCGCAAAACAAGUAGAGAAAAGGUUCCUCUAAAGAUUAUAUUGUUAUAAAUAACAGUCAUUACGACUCCAGAAAGUUUCAGACUGAUUGAACUCCAUACAAGAAAGUUUUGAUCAAAAAACUGGUUUUUUAGUAAAUUAUCUAAAGUAUAGUGUUCAGAUUUUUGAUGUCAAGUUCAAUGACGUCAUUCGAAAAACAUUCUGUGGAUGACUCGCUCUCUGAUUGGUUUAUCGCACCAUAAGGGGCGGAGCUUGAGCGACAACUUGACAUUCAAAAUCUGAACAGACUAUACUGUAAUUUCAAAGUAAGAUUCAAUUACUGAUUCAGGUACACUUAUGAGAAGACAACUGAAAAAUAUGUGGACCCGCGGGUGCUGGAAAUGGAGCAAAAGGAAGGAAAAACCAAGGAGACGCGGGAGCUUUUCGUCCAAACUUUGAAGGCGGAGGUGAAAAGAAAAAUGAAAUUCGAAUUUUUUCCAUCAAUCACCGUCUAUCAUUUAUUGUGUUGUUUCAGUCUUAGAUGUAGUAGAAAAACGUAAAAGCUCUGCAUUUAUCUCAAAAAAUACGACUUCAGCUCACGGCUCAAAGCGCGAAGAAGCAGGAAAUCAUGAACGUUGUUGGCGGAAAAGUCUCGGAAUUCCUCAAAGAUUGCAUCGUUUCUCACAACGCUGCCUAUGGCGACUAUCUGAACCUCGAAAUCAAGACUGAGAGGGACAAGGAGCAGUCCGAAAGAGUCCCCGGCUAUCUGGAUCGCCUCAACAAGCUCAAGGGACGGUUCGAUGCACAGGUUUGGUGGGCAGAGGAAUGGCUUGGAAACUUAGAAAAAAAAAUUCAAACAAGCAAGUUUUGAAAUGAAGGCCUGGUGGGAAAGUCUUCCGACAGAAACUCUUUGAAAAAUAAUGAGAAAUAUCAAAAUCAGCUGAAAAAUAAACUUGAGAAGGUAUAGUCCGUCCGCCGCCAUUUGACAGUUUUCGCGUGUCUGCGUCUCUCUGUUCCCUCAGGGUCAGAGGAACAUGAAAAUAGCGCGUCAACAAGAGAGGGCGCAGAGAAGUCCCGCCCUUUCAAGUCGCGAAAAACGGUCCAUAAAAGUCAAAUGAAAAAUGAUUAGCACAAUAAAAAGCUCUAGUCAGUUAGAAAAAAACCCAUAUAGAAGUAAAUUUAGUAUUUUUCAAGUUCCAGUCGUAUAUCGCAUCAAAACAAAAAAAAAAAGAUCCACAUUUUUCUGAUAAACUUCUUGUUUUCUUGUUCGAAAUCUUCAUUCGCAUCUGUUAAAAGUGUUCCUCUACUCUCGAUUUUGACAAGAAAAAACUGUUUUCAGGUUGAAUUGAUUAAGAACACAGUUUACAAACAAAACGUACCUGAGUCUUCUUUUUUCUAUUCGUUGUUUUGGAGAUUCAUCUCCAAAAUUCUAGAAUUUUUUUUUAACCGAAAAGUUUAAUAUUCUUAUUUGAUACCACCUAAAAAUCCGACUUUUUUUCCAGGUUGAAUUGAUCAAAAAUUGCUCGAAAGAGCCGCGGAAAUCGCUCAAAACUUUUGAUGAGAUCAUCAUGGAGUUGGGACUCGCUUCAGACGAUUCGACUGUUUUGAAGUACAUAAAAGUCAAAAGUUUUCUUUGAAAUCAAUAGUUUUAGGCCCAAACCGACGCCGCCGUUUUCUGGUGCUUCGAUCACUGUGAAAAGGACCCCGCCACUGCCGAAACGCGUCAUUUUUGGAAUUAAUCCUUGA